UCGAUUGAACAACACUUAAAAUUAAAAACGAUCCGCAGUAACGCGCGUAUUUUCAAGUGUGGAAAAACCAAAAAAAUAUUGUGUUUUUUUUUGGGUUUCGUAUAAAGUUCUAAAUUGAAGAAAAGAAAGACGAUUUGUAAUUAAAAUUUGAGUCUCGUUUGUUUUGAAUAUCGUUAGCGAUAUCGUUUAAAUUUAAGUGAUUUUUUUUUAUAAAAAAGUAGAAUUCUACUUUUAUUUUUGAGAUUUGAGAUUGUAUUCUAACGAAACAAAAAAUAUACAAAAUGAAAUUAACAUUUUUGAUUGAAAUGCUUUUGAUAUUGAUUAUCAUUGCGUUUGCAGCAUCCAAACCACUCGAUUCAGCUAACGAGAGUCGUGCCACAAAAACCAAAGGUGCAUUGAAACAAGCCGCCGUUCCACCAGCCCCUGCAGUUGAAGUUGCAUCUGUUGCAACACCCGCCGCCGCUGCCGCAGCCGAUGAUGAUGAUGAUGUUGUUGACCUUUUCGGAUUCGUCGCAAAUUACAUCGCAGGUGGAGAUGAUGACGAUGAUGAUGACGAUGAUGAAGACGAAUCAGAUGACGACGAAGGUGAAUUAGAAGAUGAUGACAUCGAUCUGCUCGAUUUAGCUGAAGAUGUUGAAGAAGCUGCCGCUACGGGCGAAAGUGCACCGGCUGCAGCCGCAGCUGCCACAGCUUCUGACACAAAAAAUCCAGAAACACCAGUCGCCGCCGCCCCAGCUCCUGCUGCAGCCGCAGUUGAUUCGGAAGAAGACAGUGAAGACUUUGCUUUGUUAGGCAUUGGUGAUGAUCUCUUUGAAGCCUUCUUUGCCGAUGAUGAACCAGAAAAGAAAAAACCAGCUCCAGUCACUGUUGAAGUAAUAUCACCACCUGCUCCAGUAGUUGAACCACCAAAGCCAGCCGUCAAGAAAACCACCACCAAAAAAACAUCGACAAAGAAAACUGCAACCAAAAAGGUCUCAUCAACAGCCGCCCCACAAAAGGAACAUUCUGAAACGGCCGAAAAAGAAAAACCACAAUUCCAACACACACCAGCUCUCUUAGAAUUGGCCCAACAAAAUGACAAAGAUGACUCCGCCGAGAAACUUGGCGAUUCAACCGAAAAGAAUGAAACCAACAAAAUGGAAGAGUCGGAAAAUCUAUUGGUUGACAAUUUGGACGACAGCGAAGAAAGCGGUGACAAUUUGAUUGUUGUUUCAAGCUCUGAAGAUACCAAACAACAAGAUGAAGAUGAAGAUGACGAAGAACUUGUUUUGGAUGAUGAAGAUGCUGCAUUGGGCGAAUCACUCGGCGAUGAAGUGAACGAUGCUAAAGAAAAUGAUGACAAUAUUGCAGCCGAAAGCAGCGUAGUUGAAACGGUCGUUGAAAAAGAAACACCAAAACCAGUUGUAAAGAAAACAAAAAAGAAGGACAAAGAAGAAGACGAAGGCAUUUUGGAUUUGGUUGUAUCAGCCAUCACUGGCGAUGACGAAGAUGAAGAUAAAACCAAGCCCGAGACUGCAGAGAAAAGUGAAGACGAUGAGGACGAGGCCGAAGAAGCCGAUGAUGAAGAAGAAGAAGACGAAGAUGAUGAUGAUGAAAAAACACCCGUCGAAUCAGAAAAUGAUGAAGAAGAUGAAAAAGAAGAAAACAGCGUAACAGACGAAGAACAAACCGAAUUGGAAUUGCUCAGCGAAACUUUGGGACUCACACGAAGUGAAAAACAUUAACAGUUCGGAAAAACAAAUUAACUACAAAAAAACUCACUCACAAAAAAUACCACAUUAUUUAAGCGAGAUUUAAACAGACGGAAAUAGAUGACAAAACAUUCAAUUGGUGCGAUGAAACCCAACAAAAUUUUUGAAAAUACCUCAAAAUUCGCCGAUUUUUUUAUAGAUUAACGUAAAUUAUUUAUUUAUUUAUUUAAAAAAGAAACUAUUUAACUUAUUUAUUUAUUUCGAGUCGUGAAGAGAAUGAAACGAUAGAACCGCAAAAAAAAACACAACAGCAAACAAAUACUUUGAUAACGUGAAUCAAAUGUCGAACAAAAUAAAAUAAAAUGAACCACAACAUACAUUCCGUGUAAGAAAACAAAUGUAUAUAAAAUGAGCGAUCGUAAACGGAACGAGUAAAUUUAAAACAAAAGUCAAUAAUAAUGUAUUUUACCGAAAUGUUUGCAUAAAUUUGAAAUUUUCAGAUACAAAAAAUAGCACACAUCUAACGAUUUUAUUUUGCAUUCAAAAAAUUUAUCCGAAAUUCAAAUAUUGUCACACUAAAUCGAUUCGAUUUUCACCACACACACACUGGUGGUGAAUAUAUGAACUGACAGUUGAACACAGAAUUGAGGUUAAGUCAAAAAUGUCAAAUGCGAAUAAUAGACCAUGUAAAACAUAAACAGUCAAACAAUAAAGAGAAAAAAAAUCAUUGCGAGAAUUUAA